CAAAAUAUCGGAUUGUAUAUGAUUUUAUAGAACAAUCAAAAGGGAAUUUCUUGUAAAUUUCCCUGAAGAAGAAACAACCCAAAGGAAAGAGAAGAGUUAUUUGAUAUGUGUUCUAAUAAUUGAGAAGCGAUGACUGCUAUGAUUAAAGAAUAGUGAAAUCUAGUCAAAUUUUGAUUGCAACAGAACUGUUCGAUAAAAUGCCUUAGAGAAAUUCUGGUUCUUAGAGUGUCAUGAUUUCUGGGUAUGUUCAAAUUAGCUUGUUCAAAAAAUCGAGGUUUACAAUUCGUUGAAAAACGAGCCUUUUGGUUAAAUAAAAGACUAAACAAGUUAUAAAAUUUAAAUAAGGACUAGUUAAAUUAAAAGUGAAAGUUGCAGGUUUGAGACCCAACACUAUGCACAUAGAGAGUACCGUCCAUUUACCCACCAACAAAAACGUCUCUAUAUAGCACAGAUAUGCACUUCUCCGUCAGCUCUGUCUCCCUCGUAAAAAUCUUGAACCUGGGCUUUGUGGAGAGCUGUAAAACUAGGUAGCACGGAUACAGCGAAACGGAACACUUAGACACGGACACGUCGAAAAAUAUUAAUAUAUGGAGGAGGAUCAUGAAAAGUGUUCAGUUGAUUUUGACAUGCAAGUAAUCGGGAAUUUCUUGAGCUUUGCGUCGAGAGGGGACAGGGUUGGACUGAACCAGAUGCUGAGAGGUGGGACUUGUCCGAACGUUCAAGACUAUGACAAGCGAACUGCUUUGCAUCUUGCUGCUAGUGAAGGCCAUGCUCCCAUUGUUGAGCUUCUUCUUCACUAUCAUGCUAAUCUUAAUCUCAAGGAUCGCUGGCGAAGAACUCCCUUGACAGAUGCAAGACUGUACGGACAUCGAGAUAUAUGUAGAAUCCUGGAAGUGAAUGGAGCCAAAGAUUUUAUCAAUGAUCAACCUAUGACAGUUCGAAAUGAACAAGACUCCAAUGAACUGAAUUUUGAUAUCUCAGAAUUGAAAUCAGAGCAGACAAAAGCAGUUGAACAGGGUGCAUUUGGUGAUUCUGUGAAGGUCAAAUGGCGUGGCACAUGGGUUGUUAAGACAAUGAUUAAGAGUCAGAUUUUCCAUCCCGUAAAAAUGGUAUUGUCUGCCAAGGACAACACACUCUUGCGGGAACUUCGACAUCCUAACAUUCUUCAGUUUCUUGGUUCCAUUGUCCAUGGCGAGGAAAUGAUUCUCAUCACAGAGUAUCUAUCAAAAGGGAAUUUAGAUGAUAUCCUAUCCACAAAAGGUCAGCUCGACCUACCUACUGCUCUGCGCUAUGCACUCGAUAUUGCUAGAUUCCUUAGAUUUUUCUUCGAAAUGAUUUGCAGAGGAAUGAACUAUCUUCACGAGCACAAGCCUUUUCCCAUAGUGCACAAUCAUUUGGAUCCCAAAAACUUGUUGCAGGAUGAAGGUGACCACUUGAAGAUCGGCGAGUAUUGGGUUCAGAUGCUCUACAAACAGAUUCAUCCUAAUCAACAUAUGUGCCAAAGAAAGGAUGAUCCUACUGGCACUAGCAACCCGUUAGAGGACACCAAGCAGGAUAUUUGCAGAUUUGGGUUCAUAUUUUAUCAGAUGCUAGAAGGAAAGAAACAGAUGAAUUAUCUCAAGUCUGUUGAUUGUGAACCCAAGUUUCCGAUAAGCCGCUGUCCGAAUAGAAUUCGACAGCUGAUAGAGCGUUGCAUGAGUAAAGAUAGCACCGCAAGGCCCUCAUUUACUGCAGUUAUAGAAAUUUUAGAGGAGGUUUUAAUCAGUGUAAGCAGAGUUGGAUGCCCUGUUUGUUGAUUAUAUCAAUAUGUUUUAAUAACAAUAAUUCGUACGCUUGAACAGAUGUAUCAUAUCGUAUUCAUGAUUAAUUAUUUACGUAAUUAAUAUGAAAUUGGAUAAAUAUUUUGUCUUGCGAAA